UGUCUGUGAGGGUAGAUUGCAGAAACGGCCACUGAAGUCUGUGAUCACUAACACAUCAGCCACCCAAGUUCGUUCUUUAACGAAUCUAUCACUAAAAACUAAACCGAUAGCCUCUUAAUGUGAUUUUACGUUGCCGAAGUUCACUUAACUGAUCUGCUAAUUUGGAGAAUUUAAAGAUGAUGAUUGUGUCCUCAUUCCACAUCUGAAACCACAGAGAAACAUUUUGGGAGCUCGGAGAAAUGAGGAAGGAGGAAUUCCUCUGCAAUGUAACUGCUUUGUCUAGCAGCAGCGGAAGCAAAAGCACCGAGGAAAAGGAAGGAGGAGUUUGCCGCAACGAUUUCCCUCCUGAUUUUGUCUUCGGAGUUGCCACUUCUGCCUAUCAGAUUGAAGGUGGCGCCAAUGAAGGUGGUAAGGGGCCAAGCAUUUGGGAUGCGUUCACCCACAUUCCUGGGACUACACUGGAUGGAUCCAAUGGUGAUGUGGCUGUGGAUCAUUACCAUCGCUACAAGGAAGACAUUGAACUGAUUUCUAAAUUGGGAUUUGGGGCAUAUCGGUUUUCCCUGUCAUGGUCUCGGAUAUUACCUGAUGGUACUGGAGAUAGAGUGAAUGAUGAAGGGGUUGCAUUCUACAACAACCUUAUAAAUGGUCUCUUAGAGAAGGGCAUUGAGCCGUAUGUAACAUUAUAUCACUGGGAUCUUCCUCUGCACCUCCAAGAAGCUAUCGAUGGGUGGUUAAGUAAAGAUAUCGUGAAGUACUUUGCCAAGUAUGCAGAUGUUUGCUUUGAAAGCUUUGGUGAUAGGGUUAAGAAUUGGAUCACAAUUAAUGAACCACUCCAGACAGCAAUUAAUGGUCAUGAUAGUGGGAUAUUUGCACCUGGAAAAUGUGAGAAACCCAAAACAGAACCAUAUGUGGCAUCUCAUCACCAAAUCUUGGCCCAUUCAGCUGCUGUUUCUGUAUACCGAAGAAAGUAUAAGGAGAAGCAAAAAGGACAGAUAGGUUUGGUGGUGGACUGUGAAUGGGCAGAAGCUAACUCAAACACUCCAGAGAACAAAGCUGCUGCAGCCAGGCGCCUUGACUUUCAGCUUGGAUGGUACUUGCACCCAUUGUACUAUGGAGAGUAUCCCAGUAGUAUGCGUGAAAUUCUUGGAGAUCAGCUGCCUGAGUUUACAAAUGAAGAGAAACAAGAGUUGCUUCAGAACUCGAUGGAUUUCAUUGGUCUAAAUCACUAUACUUCAAGGUUCAUCACUCAUGCACCCGAUAGUGAUGAGCCAAGUUACUACUACAGAGCACAGGCAAUGAAGAGAAUUGAUGAGUGGGAAGGAGGUGAGCCAAUUGGUGAAAGGGCGGCCUCGGAUUGGCUUUAUGUUUGCCCAUGGGGACUGAGGAAGGUCUUAAACUACAUGGCAAAGACAUACAACUCCCCGAAAAUAUACAUCACAGAGAACGGGAUGGAUGAUGAAGAGAGAGAUGCCCCACUGGACGAAAUGCUGGACGACAAGCUGAGAGUCCGCUACUUCAAAGGGUACCUUUCAUCUGUAGCUGCGGCAAUAAGGGAUGGAGUGAACGUGAAAGGGUACUUUGCAUGGUCGUUGCUGGACAAUUUCGAGUGGGCACAAGGCUAUACGAAACGUUUCGGAAUAGUGUAUGUGGAUUACAAGAACGGGGUGCUGUCUCGCCACCCCAAAUCCUCUGCAUACUGGUUCUUGAGGUUCCUAAAAGGUGGUGGCGAUGGGGAAGGGAAAGACACCAAACAAGAUUGAGUUUUCUACUACAAGUCUACAACUUAUGUGGUUUGCUUGUUGAAUUUUCUGUGAUCAAAACCUGAAUAUGGAAUAUGGAAUAUGAAGGAUUUAAUAUGGAUUUGGACGUUAUGGAUUUGAAAAUUUAAUUUUUGUUGGUUGGAUUUGAUCAUGCAUUUUAUUUUGUCGAGUUUAUGUAUUUAAAAUCUAAAAUUACUUUGCUAUCCUUAUUAAUUUUCAAUUAUUACUUCAAC